AUGAUAAAUCAAGGCGCAUAUGUUGUUUCACAUCUAACGUCAAAAGCCGUCACGUCAGGAUCUGUGCUUUACAACCUUGUUGGUAGUGUUUUUGGGCUGGAGACAUACAAUUUUGCGAUCACGGUGAAUAAGAUUUUGGAACUCUACUGCAAUCUAUGUGGCUACGUUGGAAUACAUGCCGCAUUACAGGAACGGACUCAUAUUAUGCCUUCCGAGGCGUUUUGUUUUGAAGGUGCGGAGGGCAAACUGACGAUUCAUUUAUGGUCUAAUGCGAGUGUGGACGCCAUCGAGUAUGAGCAUGACUACUGGCAUGAUAUCGUGCCAAUUAGCGCACCUGACCGAUACGAUGUGUUGGCAUGUUUGGAUCGGGAAUGUGAAAAUAUGGUCCUUCUCGCAGAGUGUCGUUACCCAGUAAAUGAAAAAGGUGGACCAAAUCAAAUAUGCGAGAUCCAAAAUCGAUCUUCUCCAACCGAUCAGGUGCAGGUGGUAUUCAGAACUAAUCACGGCCAAGGAUAUACUUGUGUCUAUCAACUUAGAGUGCUUAAUUGGAAGUAA